GGUCUUUCAAAAGUGAAAUGAAAAGGAUGUUGACUGGCUCAUUAGAUGGCGUUCCCCCUUGGUUCCCUUCUUUUCAAAGCAUGUUCCAUUGACUUCUAACUCUAGAAAAUACAUACUAUGGAAGUACCUAUCUGUGUGAUGAUGCAUCUCGAUCAACGGCCCGCAUAAAAAGACUAGAGAUGCGCUGGUAUUCAAGUAAUGCAAGCAAACUAUAUUGGAUAUAUAAAAGGAGCAACCCGAGAGGAAUGAAGAAGAGUCAAUCUUGGACGGGUGACGUUGACGUUGAUGUGGCCGCUUCAUGGCACGUUUUCCAAUGGGCCACAGUAUUGACAGAAGGAUGGUCAGCAAUGGCGGUUCCUCUUAUCAAUUGAAACCUCGACCACAUUGAGAAGUUUCUGCUUUGAUGGUUAUGAAGCAAAAGCCAUAUCUCUGCUUUCUUGCCUGAAACAUAAGCACGCUGCAUCCCCCAUGUAGGUACAACAUGAGCACACAAACGGUGUCAUUGCACACCCUGGUUUUAUUUCUUCUGCUUCAUUUGAUUGAUUCUUUGGACACCCUCGCCCCAAACGAUACCGUGAAAGAUGGCGAUGUCUUAAUCUCCCAAGGAAGAAAAUUUGCUCUCGGUUUCUUCAGCCCAGGUAAUUCAAGCUUGCGUUACGUGGGGAUUUGGUACUAUGGACAACCGGAGCGAACCGUCGUUUGGGUUGCUAACAGAGAGAAUCCAGUGAAUAGCACUUCAGGGGUUCUUGCAUUUGAUCAUUAUGGAAACUUAGUGAUCAAUGAAAACAAUGGGAGCUUCCCCAUUUCGUCAACCAAUGUUUCGUCCAUGACUUUAAAUAAUUCUACCACUGCUCAGCUUUUGGAUUCAGGUAAUCUGGUUUUGAAACAUGAUUUGAGCAAAGUGGUUAUUUGGCAGAGCUUUGAUUAUCCCACAGAUACCUUUCUUCCAUCCAUGAAGCUUGGGUUGGACCGGAGAACUGGUUUGAACAGGUUCAUGACAUCUUGGAAAUCUGAAGAUGAUCCAGCACCGGGCAGUUGUUCAUACUAUUUUGAACCAACAGGGUACCCACAGUUGGUCCUUUACAAGGAUCGAGCUCCUUAUUGGCGAGCCGGACCAAUAAUUGAGAAAGGGCAGGGUAGCCUUGCCAAGAUGGCUAACGAUUUUAUCUAUAAUGUCACAAUUGUCAAUAACGCGAUCGAGGUUUCUCUGAUGUAUGCCGUCAUCAAUGCAUCGGUUCUCUCCAGAUAUGUGGUGCAUGAGUCAGGGUUAGUUAAACACUUCAUGUGGCACGAUGAAGAGCAGCGGUGGACUGAGUUUUCUUCCCAUCCAAAGGAGCAGUGUGACUACUUCAGCAAGUGUGGGCCUAAUGGCAACUGUGGUGCAAACAAUGCAGACCAGUUCGACUGCACAUGCCUGCCCGGCUUUGAGCCCAAGUCUCCGGGCGAUUGGUACCUAAGGGAUGGAUCAGGCGGGUGCAAGAGGAGGCAAAAUGUAUUACUGUGUCGAAGUGGGGAAGGUUUCGUGAAGGUCAAACGGGUGAAGUUGCCGGACACUUCAACAGCACAUGUCGACAUGAGCCUGACCUUGAAGGAGUGUGAACAGGAAUGCUUGAGGGAUUGCAGUUGCACAGCUUAUUCGAGUGCGAAUGAAACUAUGGGGGAAUUUGGAUGCCUCAAAUGGUAUGGAGAUUUAGUGGAUACAAGAGAAUUUUCAGACAUCGGUCAAGACUUAUAUGUGCGGGUGGAUGCAACGGACUUAGUUCGCUAUAGGAAAAGGAGUCCUCUUGUCAAGAAGGUAAUGGUGGUAAUAAUAUCGGUAACUGCACUAGUGUUGCUGCUCUUGGGCUCCCUUAUAUACUGCCUUAUGUCGAAGAGGAAAAGAGCAGAUGGAAGAGGGCGCAAUCCUCUUGUUAGUGGUACAACAAGCUCAGCAUAUUUCAACGAUCUUCCAGGUCUCAAAGACCUCAACAGCGAAGGAGGACGAAAAAAAGAUCUACCACUAUUUGAUUUUGAAACUGUAGCUGCAGCCACAAGCAAUUUUUCCUCAGUCAAUGAGCUCGGCCAAGGUGGUUUUGGAUCUGUAUAUAAGGGUGUGAUGAAUCACGGAAUAGAAAUAGCAGUUAAAAGACUCUCAAAAUAUUCUGGACAAGGAAAUGAAGAGUUCAAGAAUGAAGUCAGAUUGAUUGCCAAACUCCAACACCGGAAUCUGGUGAAAAUCUUGGGUUGCUGCAUUCAAGAAGACGAGAAACUGUUAAUCUAUGAGUAUUUGCCCAAUAAAAGCUUGGACUCAUUCCUCUUUGAUGAUACAAAGAGCUCACUUCUGGAUUGGGGAAAAAGGUUUGAAAUCGCGUAUGGGGUAGCUCGAGGACUCAUGUAUUUACACCAGGAUUCGACAGUGAGGAUAAUCCACAGAGAUUUGAAAGCUAGCAAUGUCUUACUGGAUGUUGCAUUGAACCCCAAGAUAUCAGAUUUUGGGAUGGCUAGGAUUUGUGGAGGAGACCAAAUUGAAGGAAAAACGAAGCGUGUGAUCGGGACAUAUGGGUACAUGGCACCAGAGUAUGCUCUCCAAGGCCGGUUUUCCAUAAAAUCAGAUGUCUACAGUUAUGGAGUUUUAUUGCUAGAGAUCAUUACAGGCCAAAAAAAUAAUGGGUGCUAUCAUAAUAAUCCCUUUUGCAAUGUAAUUGGCCAUGUAUGGGAGCUGUGGAAAGAAGGAAAAUGCAUGGACAUUGUUGACAAAUCAAUGGACAAGACAUAUUAUGAGGAAAUGGUAUUGAGGUGCAUUCAAAUCGGCCUUUUGUGUGUGCAAAGAUAUGCAUCGGAUAGACCAACUAUGUCCACGGUGGUUUUCAUGUUGGGGAACGCUGAUGUAUUACUUCCAUCCCCGAAACAGCCAGCAUUCAUCGACGACAGUGCCUACAAUGGAGAUAAUCAGUCGACAUGUAACAGAACAUAUUCUGUGAACGGAGUUACAACUACUGUUGUUGAAGCUCGCUACUACAUCGAAGUUUCUGUUUUUUUGGUUUUAAGCAAAAGCCAUAUAUCUCUGCUUUCUUGCCUGAAACAUAAGCACCCUGCAUCCCCAUCUAAGUACAACAUGAACACUCCAACAGUGUCAUUACACGUCCUGUUUUUAUUUCUUCUGCUGCAUUUGAUUAAUUCUUUGGACACCCUUGCCCCAAACGAUACCAUGAAAGAUGGUGAUGUCUUGAUCUCCCAAGCAAGAAAAUUCGCUCUCGGUUUCUUCAGCCCAGGUAAUUCAAGCUUGCGUUACAUGGGGAUUUGGUACUAUGGACAACCGGUGCAAACCAUCGUUUGGGUUGCUAACAGAGAAAAUCCCGUGAACGAUACUUCAGGAGUUCUUGCAUUUGAUCGUCAUGGAAACUUAGUGAUCCGUGAAAACAAUGGGAGCUUGCCCAUUUGGUCAACCAAUGUUUCCUCCACUAAUUUAAAUGAUUCUACUACUGCUCAGCUUUUGGAUUCAGGUAAUCUGGUUUUGAAACAUGAUUUGAGCAAAGUGGUUGUUUGGCAGAGCUUUGAUUAUCCCACAGAUACCUAUCUUCCAUCCAUGAAGCUUGGGUUGGACAGGAGAACCGGUUUGAACUGGUUCGUGACAUCUUGGAAGUCCGAAGAUGAUCCAGCCCCGGGCAGUUAUUCAUACAAGUUUGAACCAACAGGGUACCCACAGGCGUUCCUUUACAAGGAUCGAACUCCAUAUUGGCGGGGCGGACCAAUAAUUGAGAAUCCUCAUGGUGCCGAUCGCGCGAAGCCUAAAGAUUUCAACUAUACCAUCACAAUUGUGAGGAACAGGACGGAGGUUUCUAUGAUGUAUGGCACAUCAAUUAUCUCUAGGUAUGUGGUGCAGGAGUCAGGGUCACUUAAAUACUUCGUAUGGCAUGAUGAAGAGCAGCGGUGGAGCGAGUUUUCUUAUCAUCCAAAGGAGCAGUGUGACUACUACAGGAACUGUGGGCCUAAUGGCAACUGUGGUGCAAACACCGCUGACCAAUUAGACUGCACAUGCCUGCCCGGCUUUGAGCCCACGUCUCCGGGCGAAUGGCGCCUAAAGGACGCAUCAGGUGGGUGCAAGAGGAGGCAAGGUGCAUCAGUGUGUCGAAGUGGGGAAGGUUUCGUGAAGGUGCAUCAGGUGAAGUUGCCGGACACUUCAACAGCACAUGUCGACAUGAGCCUGAGCUUGAAGGAGUGUGAGCAGGAAUGCUUGAGGGAUUGCAAUUGCACAGCUUAUUCAAGUGCAAAUAAAAGUAUGGGGGAAUAUGGAUGUCUCAAAUGGUAUGGACAUUUAGUGGAUACAAGAGCAUUUUCAAACUUUGGUGAAGAUUUAUAUGUGCGGGUCGAUGCAAUUGAAUUAGCUCGCCAUAGGAAAAGGAGUAUUCUUGUCAAGAAGGCGAUGGUGGCAAUGAUAUUGGUAUCUGCACUAGUGUUGCUGCUCUUGGGCUGCCUUACGUACUGCCUUCUGUUGAAGAGGAAAAGAGAUAGAAGAGGGCGUAAUCAUCUUGUUAGUGUUACCCCAAGCUCAACAUAUUUGGACGCACUUCCAGGUCUGAAAGACCUCGACGGCAAAGGGAGACGAAAAACAGAUAUACCAGUCUUUGAUUUUGGAAUUGUAGCUGCAGCCACAAGCAAUUUUUCCUCUGUCAAUGAGCUCGGCCAAGGCGGUUUUGGAUCUGUAUAUAAGGGUGUGAUGAAUAACGGAACAGAAAUAGCGGUUAAAAGACUCUCGAAACAUUCUGGACAAGGAAAUGAAGAGUUCAAGAACGAAGUCAGAUUGAUUGCCAAACUCCAACACCGGAAUCUGGUGAAAAUCUUAGGUUGCUGCAUUCAGGAAGACGAAAAACUGUUAAUUUAUGAGUAUUUACCCAAUAAAAGCUUGGAUUUAUUACUUUUCGAUGAAACAAAGAGAUCACUUCUGGAUUGGGUAAAAAGGUAUGAAAUCGCAUAUGGGGUAGCUCGGGGACUCAUGUAUUUACAUCAGGAUUCGACCUUGAGGAUAAUCCACAGAGAUUUGAAAGUUAGCAAUGUCUUACUGGAUGUUGCAUUGAACCCCAAGAUUUCAGAUUUUGGGUUAGCGAGGAUAUGUGGAGGAGACCAAAUUGAAGGAAAAACGAGGCGUGUGGUCGGGACAUAUGGCUACAUGGCACCAGAGUAUGCUAUGCAAGGCCGGUUUUCUAUAAAAUCAGAUGUGUACAGUUAUGGAAUUUUGUUGUUAGAGAUUGUCACAGGCCAAAGGAAUAGUGGGUGCUAUCAUAUCAACCCCUUUUGCAAUUUAAUUGGCCAUGUAUGGGAGCUGUGGAAAGGAGGAAAAUGCAUGGACAUUGUCGACAAAUCAAUUGACAAGACAUAUUAUGAGGAAAAAGUAUCGAGGUGCAUUCAAAUCGGUCUUUUGUGCGUGCAAAGAUAUGCAUCGGAUAGACCAACUAUGUCCACAGUGGUUUUCAUGUUGGGGAAUGCUGAUGCGGUACUUCCAUUCCCGAAACAGCCUGCGUUCAUCGACGAGAGUGCCCACAACGGAGAUAUUCAGACAAGAUGUAACAGAACAUGCUCUGUUAAUGGAGUUACAAUUACUGCUGUUGAAGCUCGCUAGUCACAUGCCACCACAAGUGAACUGCGUAAUCUACUCAGCUUGAGAAAUUGAGAUACUCCCUGUAUCGCUAGAUAGAUGGAACCUAAAGCCUAAUCGUGUCGUAUAUGAGCUAACUUGUAGCUCUUGUGCUUAUGAGAUAAGUCGAUAUGUAGAUUGGAUACAAUAUACUACUCUUUAAAAUUUCCUUGAUCUAUUGAUUGAGCUCAAUCUGUCUCUUAAACCGAGAUUUGUACAUGUAAAUUGCUGUUGCCGCAGCAUUCUCUUUCUUUCGCAAUCAUCUAAUUGUUGU